AAAAUUCAGUGCAUUUCCAAAUUUUAAAGUCGUAAUUUGUGACAGCAAAGGAUCGAAGCAGAAAAACUAGUAUUACUAGUAUAUGAAACUUAUCACUUGUAAAAAGUCGGAACUAUGAUGGGAUCCGCCACUAUAAGACUGUUGGUGGCAACAUUCGCCCUUUUACAUUCCAGUGAAGCACAUUCAUUUCGAACCAAAGAGAUUUCGCUUUAUGAACCUCAUGUCACCAGCAGCAAAAACUUGGCUACCACCGAAUUUGAUGUGCAACCUAAUCGACUCUUGAGCAGAAUACUGCAAGCCAAUGUCAGGAAAAAUGUCGGAGAUGGCAGCAGCGCAAAAAGAUUCUUACACCUUAGUCCUUUCUGGAGUUCUUUACAGUCAUUAACACAAGGUGGAAAUACUAUACGCAGACCAAGAGCUAUUAAUGAACGAGACAAAGUUCAAAUAUUCGUUAUACCUUCGGUGGCUCCGGAAGAGGAUUUAGGAAUCACAGAUUCAACAACAACACAACUUCCAACAACUAUAGCUUCAACGACUGUAGUACUAACAGAUCCAACGACCGUACCAACAACACAGUCCACAACAACUUGUGCACCAACGACUGAGUCACCAACAUAUUCAACGACUGUGCCAACAACAGAGUCCACAACAACUUGUGCACCAACGACUGUACCAACAACACAGUCUACCACAACUGGAGCACCAACGACUGAGUCACCAACAUAUUCAACGACUGUAUCAACAACACAGCCCACAACAACUUGUGCACCAACGACUGUGCCAACAAUACAGCCUACCACAACUGCAGCACCAACGACUGAGUCACCAACAUAUUCAACGACUGUACUAACAACACAGUCCACAACAACUUGUGCACCAACGACUGAGUCACUAACAGAUUCAACGACUGUACCAACAACACAGCCUCCCACAACUGUAGCACCAACGACUGUACCAACAACACAGCCUCCCACAACUGUAGCACCAACGACUGAGUCACCAACAGAUUCAACGACUGUACCAACAACACAGCCUCCCACAACUGUAGCACCAACGACUGAGUCACCAACAGAUUCAACGACUGUAUCAACCACUCAGCCUACGUCAACUUUAGCACCAACGACUGUGCCAACAAUACAGCACACAACAACUUUAGCACCUACGACUGUACCAACAAUACAUCCUCCCACAACUGUAACAUCAACGACUGAGUCGAAAACAGAUUCAACGACUGUACCAACAACACAGUCCACAACAACUUGUGCACCAACGACUGUACCAACAACACAGCCUCCCACAACUGUAGCACCAAAGUCACCAACAUAUUCAACGACUGCAUCAACCACUCAGCCUACGUCAACUUUAGCACCAACGACUGUGCCAACAAUACAGCCCACAACAACUUUAGCACCAACGACUGUACCAACAACACAACCUCCCACAACUGUAGCACCAACGACUGAGUCACCAACAGAUUCAACGACUGUACCAACAACACAGCCUCCCACAACUAUAGUACCAACGACUGAGUCACCAACAGAUUCAACGACUGUACCAACAACAAUGUGUCCAGUUAAAGUUACAACAUUGCCGCCAAUUAUACCUUAUACCCCCCCUCCAAUUUCUCCCAUAUGCCCACCACCAGCACGUAAUUUUCGGCACUUUCCGGCGUUGACACCACAUUCCUUACCUAAGGCGCCAACUACUCAACAGAACUGUCCUCCAUACUAUCCAUGUAUGCCUUAUAUGCCUUUCCAGCCAUUCCCAUAUUUUGUUCCUAUUCCUUUGGCCUCUCAAAGCCAGAAUGGUGGACUUCAAUCAAUUCUUUCACCGUCACAACAAACUGCACCAUUUUCCUUUGCUUCCGCACCGAUUAUGAUGCCGAUACAAUCAAACAUUUUACCGCAACCUAGCCUCAUGCCCGCGCAAACAAAUAUUUUACCGUUGCAGCUUCCACAGUUCAGUUUAUUUGCCCCAAGAUCGACGUAACCUCACAUUCAUCUAGAAUUUACUAGUAUAAUUAUUUUAAGUAAAGUUUUUUCAAAGAAGUAUUAGU